AUGGCCAAAGCACGGAAGCGGAGUACAUGUACAGAAUGCAGUCUGCGACGCCAGCAAUGUGAUAGGAGAAUACCGUGCGGGCGAUGCGUCAAGCGUGGGAUCCCGGAUAAGUGCCAAUUGAAUUGGCAUGAAGGCCGAUACGAUCCCUCGAAGCAUCGAGCCUAUCCAUCAAGGCAGCGUGAAUUGAGGCCGACUUCCCCGAGAGGUACGACAGACCAGUCGGUCACUACUGGACUCCUUGACGAUCUACCCGCGCAGACAACAUAUCUCGAAUCUGAGACGCCACGGGAGAUUUCCCACUCGAGCGCACCACGUCCGCGAUAUGUUUUUGUCCCGUACGAAAGCAGUCAACUCCGCAAGAGUUCGGUAGACGUCGCUGGUGGAAUGAACGCAUCCAUAUUCUCUUCCAUCGGGUCUGCCUCGCCUCCGCUGUCAACCGUCGCAGUUCAUGAGGCGUAUCUACAAAUGCUCCUGCCCAGUUUGGACCACAUCUGGAAGCUCGUCGAUUACCACGAAGUAUAUCUCCUCUGGUAUCAUUGUUGUUAUCAUGGGCCGACAUUUCGAUCCGAGCUCGAAAGCGUGAUUUCUGAGCAGGAGGAUAAGACGACACUUAUCGUUGCUGGGCUGGAUCUGCAAUGGCUGGCACUGCUAUUCUCGAUUAUGGCUGGUAGCUUAACUUGCACAGCUGAGUGGCGACUAAGAGAUUGGGGCUUUUCUCGGGUCGAAGCUGUCAAACUGUCGAAGCAAUGGUACAAGGCGGCCAUUGCGAGUCUGAACCAUGGCGAAUGGACUUCGGACCGCAAGUUAUGCUCGGUGCAGGCCGUCACUACAUUGACGAUGUCCGCUCACUGCCUUGGUUACUCUACUGAGCUUUCCAUCCUUCUUGCGGCUGCAUUGAAGAUCGCACAAACUCUUGGACUUGACAAACUCAGUCAUCAUGAGCCCGCGGAGAGGAUCGAUGAGACUUCUUCCAAUAGCCAGCGGCUCCAGUUACUGAAACGUGAACUUGGUAGGAAACUAUGGUCACAGCUGUGCGUCCAAGACUGGAUGUCACUCCCCUUUUCCGGAAGUCAUGAUAUCAACCCAUUGCACUUCACCACAACGAAGCCAUCAAGUCGAAACCACUUGACGAUGGAGUAUCUGCCGGCUACGUUUCCAACAUAUAUCAGCUACGGUAACUACAUCUUUGAGAUCUCUAAAUUGGUAGUGCGGCACCAUGAAGCAACACUGCAGUCAACCACCCCAUUCACUAGAUACCAGCACGUUUUAGACUACGACGCUCAGAUGAGAGAUCUUGCCACCAAAGGUAUGCCUCGAUAUUUCCAUGUCGUUGAACCGGUCGAUGCUCUGUGGCCUGAAUGGGUUCAUUGGGCAAGAUCUAGUCUUACAGUCUGCUUUGCGCAUAAGAUCAUCAUGAUUCACCGCGCCUACAUACGAGAGAGCUUCACCAAUCCAGUUUACUCCAUGACAAGGAUUACAUGCAUUGCGGCUGCAAAGACGAUUUUGAAUGAGGCAAAGAAAGCAAAAGAUGUCAGUGGCCCGAUCAUCUGGAUCGAUAAGGCCUUUUGCGUGGCGGCCGCGAUCAUUCUUUGCCUCGACAUCUUUCAUCGUACGGAAUCCGAACCGGAACUUGCUACCCACAGGGGCCUUGUCGUGGAAUGUAUCGAACAGCUUCGAAAAUUCGAAAGCAGUGUGAUCGCCGUGCGAGGAGCGAGCUUGCUGUCUGGCAUUCUUGAUGAGAUGGAUCGCGCUAGGGAGAGAUUGAGCUGGCCACCACUGAGCAUCGACACCCAUGAACUACUGAGAACGAUGUCGGAAGUGUCUCCAUCGUUUUUAGAUCAGAAGUCUGAGCCUCCAGUAGAGUUGUUUCCUCCUCAAGCAGGCUUGAGCAAUAGCUUUCUCUUCGAAAGUCUGCUGGGACACAAUGACUUGAGUGAGUGAGAGAUGACAUACAGGUAUUUGUAGAUUAAUUUAUGUACUUAAGCGUCUGGUCCAUGAGAGGUAGACUUAGCCACUAGUGUAUAGCAAGCGAGAGACCUAAAGGUACGGAUAGAAGAAAGGAAAAGGAAUAC